AUGGCUUCCUCAAAGGACCCCAGGAACUGGAGAGCCAGCUUUAAGAAUUCUAGUGUGGAGACGAGCUCUGGUAUGCAGCCAGCCUGUGCUCACAAGGCCGUCCCAACAGCACAUGUCACUUUUGUUAUUGACUGUGCGACUGGGAAACAAGUCUCCCUGGCAACACCCACGGUGCCACCCCAAGCAUCAAGAACCAGCCAGGGAUGUGCCGCCCCGCCCAUGAAGACAUUUGUUAUGUUCUGUGGAAAAAACACGCUGCCUGGGACUCAGGACGUUUCUCUCAAUCGCAGACCCCUUGAUAGAGCCGAGGAUACCUUGCCACCCUACAGAGGACUCGGGGCUCCAGAUCCCCUCCCUGCCAGCAGCCUACCCGGUUCGCCGAGUGAUCCCAGAGUCAAGGGGAGCUCCGUGAAGGCUGCAGCUACUGAAAAGCAUUCAACUCGGGAGAAGAUCAAGCACUCACUGAAGGCCCUGUCCUGUAUCUGCGGGAAGGGAGAAUAG